AGAAACAGCAGCGAAAGCACUAAUGACAUUGAAUUAGAAACCAUGACUUCGAGCCACCCCAAAAAAAUCAAACAGUCAUAUCGAACAAACAGAACAAAGUACUCGAAAAUUCCACAGUUAGAUAAGCGUUUCACGGAAAAACAAACCACACUUUUUCUUAAAGAAAAUGAAUAUGUCAUAAAAAAACAAUCGAAUGAUACUGUUGAAAAUGUAGCCACAAGUUUUGAUAAUAUCAGUAGUCAGCAGGCUCCAAAUAAACGCUUAAAGGAAAAGGAAGAUACACCAAUCCAAUCAAAAACACACAGACAGGCCAGUGACGCUAAUUAUCAGCUAAACUCUACCCCGGCAGAAGAACCCAGUUACACAACAUUAAAAGAAGAUAAAAUUAUCCCGAGGACAGCGGGUAACGAGGCUCCUAAUUCAAGCACUCAGUCGAGGACGACCAUAACGGAAUGGCCAGAUGUUAGUUAUAUGCCUAUGUCGGUCCCAGCAGACCGAUGUAAAGAAAACUUUAGUCACCUGAAAUAUAGGGUUCAAGUUUCAGUUGUUAAACCGUUAAAAUCCGGAGACGAAAAUAAUACUCAAACUGAGCAAAAUAAACCACUGCAAGAAACUGAUGACAACACCCGUCUAGACUGGAACAAAGUAUUUACAUUUCUUGCUGAAAAUUUGCCACCGACGAAUUACAAAAUUUUCUUUGUAAAUUUAUAUGACCACCUACCUCAAGGAAUGGAUAUUGAUACAAGGAUAAGUAAAAUAGAAUGCGACUUUAAGUCUGGAGGAACGACAACUCUGAUAUUUGAGCUGUUCAAGUCAUGGAAACAGAGCCUUGGAACUCGAGCGAAGCCAUCUCUGAUUGAAAAUGCUUUGUCUGAGAUGAAUUACAAUGAUGUGCGGAAUCGGUUUCAAGAUUAUAUGAGAGAACCUCCUUUGCUGCCUAAAAUUGUCGAGUCAACAAAAAUACAAUACGAGUACCCGCCUACACUUCUUUGUCAAACACCACACUUUAACAGACCAAUACAGCAGGAGUCACAAAUACUAGCAUUACAUAAUACGGUUCAAACACAGUCGUGUCUAGCUUGCAGAACAAAGUUCCAGAUACAGACGCAUGAGGAAAAUAGAACCGCAUAUUUAUGCCAUUACGAAAACAACCAGUUAAUGUUAGGGAACUCACCAAGCACAUCUGGGCAGUGCGCACAUAAUAUAUCAAGCUCCUUUAAGAUAGAUGAUGCAAGAAAACGUCAUUGGACUGAUGAAGAUUCGUCUAAAUCAGAUGAAGGCGGUACAGUGUGUAAAUACAGUAGGACUAAUGCGCAUUCGCCAUUUUUGUUUCAACGUCAACGUAGAAAGAAGAAGAUAAAAAGGAGCAAACACUCUCAAAAAAGUGAAACACUUGUACCUUGGGAAAAAGUUGAUAAGCGUUUCAUCAUAAAUCUCAUUAAGAGAUUUCUUCCACUCGGAGGCCAGAUGCUGACGGAGGAUGAAUAUAAUUUGUUUAUGUACCACACUGUAUCCAUUAUUACAGAAAAAACCGGUGAAUCUGAAAGUGUCGUUACAUCCCUAAAAAAAGAUGACUUCGAUGACAAAAAGGAACUGAAAACUAAACGCGGACAUGUAAGCUAUACCAUUGAUAGUGAAACAGAUUUACUUACGCUCGGUCAAGAUGAAUGGGAUUGCCUUAAGCUGUAUGUCGAACAUGCUCGAGAAAGUGUUCUGAAAAGACUGAAUACGGAUGAAAGUAAAUUGGCUGACAUGGAAUAUUUGUUCAUUAACUUUAAUGGGCAUGCGAUUAUUGAACAGAAUGGCGAAGUACAUGAAAUGAGCCAUGUAAAUGAAGAGGCCUCUGCCUCCAUCGCAGAUACCACACAGGACAAUUCUACUAAAACAGAGUAGUAGCUGACGAAAUGACUGUCAUUUGAAGAUGUAGAGCAAAAAACAACAAUCAGAAUUACAAAAUUACAAAGAAAUGUGCAUAAAAAUAAAAACAACUUUACAUUUAUAGGAAUCAAUAUAGAUUAAGCAAUAUUUCUACCAAUUUAUUCAUGUUUUAUGGUCCGCAUUGCAUGGUAACACCUUCCUUUAGCCCUGAUACCAGUUCUUUUCUCAAUGAGCUUAAUACACAUUAAAAGAUAAAACUGCCGUAUAUACAAUGACAGCAAAAGUAUUUGUAAUGCUGUAAGAUGCAGUGUUCUCACGGGUAGUGUAAACUCGAAGUAAAUGUAAAAUCUAGCGUUCAUGAAUGAAAUAUAGUUCAAAUUAUAUCUGUUGCAUGGUACAAAGUGUUAUCCUUUGUACUCAUUUACCAGUGAACAAUGAAUUUUUGAUCUUUCACUGUGAAUUCACUAGAUAUAUUUCAUUCUAAUACUAGGUAUUCACUGAAAAUAUGUAAUACAAAUAUCCCUUUCAUUUUGCUUAUGUGCA